AUGACUCAGUCUACAACCAAUGUCUUUGGUGCUGCUUCCUCGUUUCUUCCACCUCCUGGUGUUAUGCCAACGACGACACCACAACCACCGACACCAAAGCACCCGCCAAACACUACUCCGAGUAAUACUAUCUACAUUAAUAAUUUGAAUGAGAAAAUAAAGAUACCAGUCCUCAAAAAAACCUUAAGAACAAUUUUCGAAAGGUACGGCGAAAUAUUGGAUAUUGUUGCCCAUGGGAAUCUCCGAAUGCGUGGGCAGGCUUUUGUCGUGUUCAAAGACCAAGAAAACGCAGCAAAGGCAAUAAAGGAGGUUAAUGGGUUUAUACUUAAAGAAAAAGCAAUGCUUAUACAAUACGCAAGAUCAAAAUCAGAUGCUAUCGCUAUAUCCGACGGCACCAUCGAAGAACAUAAACGACAAAGAUUAGAAGCAAAAGAAAAACGCGCCAAAGAACCACCUCAAAAACGAUUCAAGACAAGCCACUCAGGAGGUCAAGCAGGAGGGUCGGCAAGUGCCGCAGGCGGAUCGGGAGGUGCAGGCGGAGGUGACACAUUUCCAGCUAGCGGUAAUAUCGCGGAUGAGUUUCUCCCGCCCAAUAAGAUUCUGUUCUUGCAGAAUUUACCGGAAGAUAUUACUGAAGCGAUGCUUACUGGUUUGUUCCAGCAAUAUCCCGGCUUCAAAGAAGUCCGUACCGUCCCCGUAAAGAAAGAAAUCGCGUUCGUUGAGUACGAGAACGAAGCACAGGCAAUGAUCGCCAAAGAAGCCUUAUCCAAUUAUUCAGAUCAUAAAAUUAAAAUCACAUUUGCAAGAAAAUAA